AUGAGGUGUUUUCUGAGCGUCUGCGCACUGCUGGCGAUGGCGAUGGCCGUCCCCAACCCCGAGAGUGACUCCUUCAGCUGGGCCGUGGACGAACCCGACUACGGCAACAACUACGGCCACGCCGAGGAGAGUGACGGCAUCGUGACGCAGGGCGAGUACCGCGUGCUGCUGCCCGACGGCCGCACCCAGAUCGUCACGUACCGGGUGGAGGGUGACAGCGGCUACCAGGCUCAGGUCACCUUCAGCUGGGCCGUGGACGAGCCCGACUACGGCAACAACUACGGCCACGCCGAGGAGAGUGACGGCAUCGUGACGCAGGGCGAGUACCGCGUGCUGCUGCCCGACGGCCGCACCCAGAUCGUCACGUACCGGGUGGAGGGUGACAGCGGCUACCAGGCUCAGGUCACCUCCAGCUACGGCUACUAG